AUAACGUGAUAUAUAUAAUUGAAAAUGAUAAAUAAAUCGUCUCCGGCAAAAUUCAGAAUCUUGAUUUUAAAAUCCAACCAUUUAAAUCAGAAACAUCUAAUUACGUAAUCGACGACGAUUCAGAAAACAUUUUGUAAAGACUUACGUAAGACAUGAGGAAUCAGAGAUAGUAUAUUAAAGAUAUAGCGCCAGAGUCGACCAACAGUCGACUGAUAGCUUUUAACAUGCAAUAUUAUAUCUUCCUAUCAUUAUUAAAUGUGAUUAAAAAAACAUUCAAUCUAAACUCCCAAAAAAUACAAAAGUUGAUUAGCUUUUUCACAAAAUUAUAUGGUAUUUUGAUUAAGCGAAAUAAUAGUGACAGAUAUAUUAUAAAAUGAUAUAUAUAAUUACUCUGUCAGCGAUAGUGGGUGUCCUAGGUGUUUAUUAUUAUUUUUUCAAAAAUUUGAAUUACUUUAAAAAAUAUGGCAUAUUUUAUAAGCCACCUCUUCCUAUACUGGGAAAUAUGGGACCACUAAUUUUUCGUCUCAAAUCAUCAGCCGAACUUGCUAAGGAGUUCUACAAUCUGCACUCUGAAGCGAAAUAUGUCGGUGUAUUUGAUAUUCCGACUCGUCCAGUUAUAAUGGUGCGUGAUCUCGAACUUAUUAAAUCCAUUACGUUAAAACACUUUGAUACGUUCCCGGAUCAUCGAAACGUCGUGGAUGGGAGGCAAGAUCCAUUAUUUGGGACAAAUCUCUUUUCUAUUCGUGGAGACACGUGGCGACAAACACGAUCUAUAUUAACUCCAGCCUUUACAUCCAGCAAAAUGAAAGGUAUGUUCAAGUUAAUGUCAGAAUGCGGUGGUGAUUUUAGCACUUUCUUGGCGCAAUUACCACCAGAACAGAGAAUGAUGCAAAUGAGAGAUGUCUUUACUAGAUAUACUAACGACGUGAUUGCCACUUGUGCUUUUGGAAUUAGCGUUGAUUCCAUGAAAAAUCCAAACAACGAAUUCUACGUAUACGGCAAAGAGGCGACCGCACUCACUAUUGUAGCUUUAAUAAAAGUAUACAUAUUCAGAAGCUUGCCUUGGCUGGCGCGAUUAAUAAAUUUAAGACUCAUCCGUCAAGAAGUGGCAGAUUUCUUU